CACUCGGUUGAAUUUUUUGUUUGUGAAAAUUAUUUUGUCUUUGUUUGACUAGUUUCAUCAACGAUUUUAAAUUGUUCGAUUUCAAGAGUUCCCGUUUUUAAUUAUCGUAAGUUUGUGAUAGUGUCAAGUUCAAAUUGUGUGAAGUGAUACUGUUUAAUCAGGAAGAUUGAAGUACACUGAAUAUCUUUAAAUACUAAAUAGUUUCUGCAACUAGCAAAAACACACCAUCACUGUUGUAGUUGUGCUGAGUUUACCAGAUUUAGUGCACCUUGACGCGAUGACUGAACCAGUUAAGGAAGUCCAAUCAACGGAAGCUACGGAAAUCCGAUGCCAGGAAAAGUCCAAAGGUGGCCUGUGCUACGAAGUAAUUCUGGCGGAGCCUGCCAUUAACGUGAUAGUGCCGAAACUGCCACCGACGCCGGGAAAACCGGUGUCGGCCGAAGAGAUCGACGAGAAACUGAAGGCAGCCGAAGAACGGCGUCUCUCGCUGGAGGCCAAAAAGAUGGCUGACUGGUCCGCUAAGAUGGCGAAAAUUGAAGAAGCCAGCCGUAAGAAAGACGAACUAGACAAAGAAUUCAAGACUCACGCCAAGGAAACUCUGGAGCAGAAAAUGGAACAGUACGAGGAAAAGCGGGAAGCGCAGAUUACUGAGUUGAAGGAGAAAUUGAAGAUGCACGCAGCUGAAAUAGAAAAGACCCGACAUAGUUUGGAGCAUACAAAAUCGGAGGAACUCAAGAUGCAGCUGGAAGAUAAACUACGAACUGCUGCUUCAUUACGAGAUGAUAAGAUUAAGAAAAUUUUGGACCGGCUAAAGGAACAUAACACGGAAAAAGUAAAAGAGGUGCGUACUACAGCGGACCUGCUCGAAACGCAGAAAACGGAGGAGAAAACCCGCAUCAUUGAGAAUAAGUUAUCCACCGCCGAACAGAACCGUGAGAAGGAGCUCCAGAAAAAAUUGGAAAAUAUUCGCAAACACGAGCGUCGUGCCGAAAUCGUACGCCAAAAUAAGGCUGCUUUGUCCACUCAGAAGGGCGAUGACAACAGCGUAACAGCAUCCUCCGGUUAAGGUCCAACAAGCACAAUUUUUCGAGCUUCCUCUUUUAAUAACUUUUUAUUUAGACAUAUGCCGUACAAAAAAUGGCGCUUUCUCCCCUUUAAAACGAGUGCUGCUUGGUAUCACAGAACAAGCAAGCGCAACUAGCAAACUAAAGAUUCACCAAUCAAUGAUAUAAUACACGGAUCCAACAGCAAAGUUUGCAAGCUCAGGCAUAGAAAAAAAGCCACAUCUGUUUUUUGAUAAAGCCGUUUAGAAGCAAUGUCCGAAACUGCAAUGAAGAUAGAUAGAUAGAAAACCAAACAUCACUUCUUCAAAAAGAUAUAAUAUGCUGAUUGAAAAAUUAAUAAUAAAUAUUAUCUUUUCUAAAAAAGCUAAAGAAUUGUCAACAAAGGAGGACUACACUGUUAAACACAAAUUAAAUACAGAUAAACUAACAAGCCUGCACGCGACACACACUGUAGUAAUGAACAGAGGUAGUACCAACAAAAAAUGUUCAAUUUUUCUUAAACUAUCUGAAAAGCAAACAAUAAUUACUUAUAACGAUGCAGUUAAAACUCAACCGGCUUUGUUUUCCCGAAAAGGGACCGUCGGAUAAUGGAUGCUUGUAAACAUGAUAAUAAACUGACACGAAACCUGAGAAUCGAAACUAUCUGUAAAAGCAUUCUACCCCUUUCUAUAUAACCUGGUAAAUCUGUAUGUUUCCUGUUAACAAUAAUAAGCGACAUUUCCCGUUUAAACGUGUAACCGAUUAAUAUUAUCAAUUUGAAAUAUUUUAAUUUGAACGAUCUUUUAUAAGCAACAAUGCAACAAUAGCAAAGUAAAAACAUACCACUCGACAAAAUUAGGUAGACUUGAGAAUAACUUAGGCUCUGUUCGCAAAUUAUGUAACGUAAAAUCGCACAUGUUGAUGCCCUCCUUCCACCCACUUCCUCCUGUGUUACACGUGAAAAAAUUCAAAAUUAUUCUUUCAUUUGAACCGAGAUGAUAAACUUUUGAUUUUAACUUUCAACUGUUUUCGUUAUAAUAUACACGGGGUGUAUUAAUAAUACCAGAGUUUUCGUUUCUGAAAUUUAACUAUUUUCUAUUUAACCUAUUUUUUCAUAGGAUUUUGCGUUACAUAAUUUGUGCAAGAAAUUUAAACUUGAUAUGCGUCCGCUGUGAACAUAACAGACUCAUGCAGUCAAACAAUUUGAUUGAGCAUGAGGUUGUUAUGCUUAAAAAUGGUAAUACAGCAAGCUUCAAAAACUUCAUUCAAAAGGGACUGUUUUGCUUAGAAGGGCAGUAUAUAGGCUAAUGCAUAUUUUGAUCGUCCACGGUGAACCGGAAGUAAAAGACAAAAUUGUCACACGUCGUUUGAACCGAACAGCAUUGCAAAUCACUUAUAUAACAAAGUUUCUCAUUUUUGUGCAUUUAAAAGCAUAUCGACCAUUUAUCGACCCGUGAUCGAAAAAAUAAAAACUUGCCAUUUAUGUUUACAUAUUUUGAGUAGAAAUGUGUGCAAAACCCUAGCCAUGAUAUUCGAGUGCAGCAGUACCGCAACAAACAGUUCCAAAAUCGUUGGGUAACUGCUUGCAAACGAUUGCUUGUUUGUAUAAUUCUGCGAAUUGUCUAAAUUUGUGCCGUAACAUAUAUAUAUAGUUUUUAUCACUUCUGGAUGCGAUUGAAAGCAUUAUAAAUCGUCUCGUUAAAAAUGCCAUUAUGCGUUGAAUUAAGGUCUUCUUAAUCUUCUAUUUGGCUGCAAGCAUGCGGAUCUAUGCCGAAGCUAAACGGUGCAGAAUAGUCGGAAAUUAACACUGCGAAAAACAAGAAGUAUCAAAAUGAAAAAACAAACAUUGUGUUGAUGUUAUAGUUUAGCAAACCAUUAAAAAUUCAUUAAAAUUAAACACUAACGAGAAAUUAGCAUUUAUAUUAUAAAAGAAUAAAACUAUAUACCUGCAUUCAUAUUAAAUCGCCUCUGUGCCGCCUUUUUGCAUUCAACUUUAAUACCAACUAAUAAUUAUCUAUAAUUAUAAUUCUACCGUGAUGACAUAUGUGGAUCUCCAUUUCGUUGAUAGUAGGAUUCGACGCUAUUGUUUUAUUACGCGUAUAUGAAACAUAUAUAUUUUGAAGCUUUUAGUUGUGCAAAAAAUCUUUAAGACGAGAAACCAGAACGUAUUGUGUAGGUAUCAGUAUUUCAAGGAAAACUUGCCGUGAAUUGAACCAAGUUUGGGUUGACUACAAAACAAUUAUGGCUGUAGAAGUGAAAAGGCUAAGUGCUUGCUUUAGCGUAAAACUGCUGUGCUUUGAUAUUUUAAAAUUCGAGGUUUGUUUUUCUUUUCGUAAACGUUAUACCUAAUUUUUUUUAUAGUUAUGCUUAGCAAAGUAGUGUACGAAUACGUCGGAUAAGUCGGCGACAAUUUAUUGAAAAAAAACGGUAUCUGUCCAAUAGAGGACAAUAACGCCUCUUAUUUGCUGUCUCUUUCAAUAUUAAUGAGUUCUUGAGAAAUACUAACAAAAAACAGCGUGCUUAAAGUGAAAAAACUCCUGAACAGCGGAAAAAGUAUUUAAAUAGCUCAAAUACAAUGUAAGAAUUUAUGUACGAAUGAACGCGUCAAAACGCAUAUAGUAUGAUGGAAAACAGACUGGAUAGCUGAAGUUGUAAGACAAAAAUAAAUAUUAACAAGUGCUUAAAAACAUUAUUUUGAUAUCGCUUUUCUUCAGUUCGAAGCAUGCUAAAAGGAUGAAAAUACACAAAAAACAACAGAAAGUUGUAAAAAAUGCUAAUCGGUGGCGAAGAGCAACUUUCUUAUUAAGGUUACUCGGUAACAAAAAUAUAUACCCACUUGAUCGGAAAAUUUAAAAAAAAAUACAAAACGUGUAUCAAAUCUUAUCUAUUCAAAUGCAUAUACAACUAUCAUUAAUAAUGUAUUACUAUUAUAUAUAGCACAAGCAAGCUUCUGUGAUGGGUUUCAUUCGUAUUCAAAACAAAACAAAAAAGUCAAAACCGAACGAUCGUGCAAAUUUGAUCGAUAGAAAACAAAACAAAUACUGCUUUGAAGGAGAUGUUGUCAGUUUACCACCCGAAUGAUGGAAUAGAAGAGAAAAGAGCGGCUGAAAUCAGGACUCAUAGUGUUAACGCAAACAUAACAAAGAGAACAAAACAAAUAACUGCGCAUAACACUGAGAAAUACUCUGCUGAAAUCUAUUGAAACUUACAAAAUCGUAAAAUAAAUGAUGAAAUAAAAAAUCGAAGGAAAAAAAAAACAAUCAAUGUAACAUCAAAUAACAUGUGGAAUAUCAAAGCUCGAAAAUUGAUAUCAAAU